AUGAAUAAGUGUAGGACAUAUGAUGAGGAUAGUAGGGCUCACUCUUCUAAAUAUAAGGGCAUUAGUGAGAAGAAAGGGAGGAAUCAGUAUUGCGAGAAACUGUAUAGUGCUCCAGCUGACAGAGGGAAGCAGAGGGCUUCAAAUAAGAUAAAGCCAAGUAGGGGAGGGAAUCCCAUUUAUAUAAAGUGUUUCAAGUGUGGCGAGCUUGGCCACUGCGCUAAUGAGUGCAUGAACAAUGUUCUGAGAUGGUUCAAAUGCGGAAAGAUAGGUCACCGUGUGGCAGAUUGCAAGAGUGUUAGGCAGACUUAUUAUAACUAUGGUGCAAUACAUUCAUUUGUUUCACUUAAUUGUGCCGAGAGAUUGGAUUUGAAAUUGUCUUCUAUGGUUGGGAGUAUGAUUGUUGAUACCCCAACUUUAGGUCCAAUAACCAUUUUGUGGGUUUCUUUGAAUUGUCCACUUAGUAUUUAUGGUAAGAGUUUUGGGAUGGAUUUAUUUGACGUAAGUGAUGAGUUGUUUGUGUCCGCUAAGUUAGUGGACGAGUUUGUGAAGGAUGAGGUGAAAGUAUUUAUGAUACUAGCUUUUACGAAUGCUAAAAGUAAAACUAUGAUUGAGUUGAUUGAGUUGAAGAAGCAGUUGGAAGAGUUGCUCGAGAAGAAGUUUGUUUGGCCGAGUGUUUCUCCGUGGGAUGCGCCGAUGUUGCUAGUCAAUAAGAAAUAUGGUUGCAUGAGGUUGUAUGUUGAUUAUCAACAACUGAAUAAAGUCACGAUCAAGAACAGGUAUCCACUUCCGAGGAUUAAUGAUUUGAUGGAUAAGUUGGUUGGUGCCUAUGUGUUUAGCAAGAUUGAUUUGCGUUCGGGUUAUCAUCCAAUUUGUGUGAAACCAGAGGAUAUUCCGAAGAUUGCAUUCACAACGAGGUAUGGUCACUAUGAGUAUUCAGUGAUGUUGUUUGGAGUGUCUAAUACGCCUGGAGUGUUCAUGGAAUACAUGGAUAUAGUAUUCCAUCCGUAUUUAGAUCAGUUUAUGGUUGUAUUUAUUGACGACAUCUUGAUAUAUUCAAAGUCUGAUGAAGAACGUGCAGAUCAUCUGAGGGUUGUGUUACAAACCUUGAAUGAGAAGAAGUUGUAUGUGAAAUUGCCCAAGUGUGAGUUCUGGUUACGAGAGGUGAGUUGCCUUGGUCACAUAACUUCUAGUGGUGGUAUUGUUGUUGAUCCGUCGAAGAUAGUGUUGGUGUAA